AUGUCGGACGAGGAAGAUAUCAAUAUUGCAAAAGCACUUGCAGCUCUAUCAGAUGAAGAGUUGAGUAGCGACGACUCAGAUGGUGGGGAGUUUCAAGACGAGAUACUUUUACUGGAUGAUGAGUCCGAAGCUCCACCAAAUAAAAAGGCGAAAAAGAGUAAGCAAGAACCACUAACAGCUCUUCGAGCAGCCGACGAUGAAAAUUCUGCUGAAGAGGAUGACGAUAUUUUAACUUCGUUCUUCACUGCCAAUAACCCAACGGCCAAAAAAGCAAAAGCUGGUUCAUUUGCAUCGUUUGGAUUUUCAAAAUUCUUACUUUCAAAUAUAUCCAAGAAAGGUUAUAAACAACCAACACCCAUUCAAAGGAAAUCUAUUCCUUUGAUUAUUAAUAAUAGAGAUGUUGUGGGAAUGGCAAGAACCGGUUCGGGAAAAACAGCCGCAUUCGUUUUGCCUCUUAUUGAGAAGUUGAAACUGAGAAGACCAACAGGUGUGAGGGCCGUUAUUUUAUCACCUUCUAGAGAAUUGGCAUUGCAAACCUAUAAACAAGUUAAAGAAUUCAGUCGCGGAACUGACUUGCAGUCAAUUGUAUUGAUUGGUGGUGAUUCAUUGGAGGAGGAUUUUGGAAAAAUGGUAAGCAAACCAGAUGUUAUAGUGUGUACCCCAGGUAGGUUUUUGCAUUUAAAAGUUGAAAUGCAAUACGAUUUGUCAACUGUUCAGUACAUUGUAUUCGAUGAAGCUGACAGACUAUUUGAGAUGGGUUUUGCCGAACAAUUAAACGAAUUAUUACUAGCAUUGCCACCAAAUAGGCAGUCGUUACUUUUUUCUGCCACUUUACCCAGAACUUUGGUGGACUUUGCCAAAGCUGGCUUAACUAAUCCAGUGUUGGUUCGUUUAGACGCUGAAUCAAAGAUUUCUGAAAAUUUGCAAAUGGCAUACUUUACCACCAAAAUCAAUGAAAGAGAAGCAAAUCUUUUAUACAUUUUGCAAGAAGUGAUCAAGAUGCCAUUGGGUACUCCCGAAGAGGUAAAGAAGCUUGUAGCAAUGGACAAAAGGGAAGCAGAGGAAAGUGAUGACGAUGGCGAUUCCGGAAAGAAAAGGAAAUAUAAAUUCAAAAAGGAGAGAAUGCCUUCAGCAAAUCAACUUCCUUCGGAAAGGUCGACAAUCAUUUUCGUACCAACAAAGCAUCAUGUCGAAUAUAUUACAAAGCUUUUAAGAGACGCUGGCUAUUUAGUGUCAUAUAUUUACGGUACUUUGGAUCAACACGCAAGAAAGAAUCAAUUAUAUCAGUUCAAAAUUGGUCUUACAAAGAUUUUGGUGGUUACAGAUGUGGCUGCAAGAGGUAUCGAUAUCCCGGUAUUGGCAAACGUCAUCAACUUCACUUUACCUGGAUCAUCUAAAAUUUUCAUUCAUAGAGUGGGUAGAACAGCAAGAGCAGGAAACAAAGGUUGGGCAUACUCGAUUGUCAAUGAGAAGGAGUUGCCAUAUUUAUUAGAUUUGGAACUUUUUUUGGGAAAGAAGGUUUUGUUGACAUCUAUGUAUGAAGCCAAGUGUGAAAUGUUGAAAAAUAAACAAGGCGACUCUUAUAUUCCGCCACGUGUCAAUUACACAGAGAGACUUGUUGUUGGGUCUAUACCGCGUGUGGAUUUAGAGACUUUCCAAGAAUUGUAUGAGAACUUGCUAAAGAACAAUUACGAGAUUAAAGUUUUGAAAGAUGUAGCAACCAAAGGUGAAAAGUUGUACCAUAGGACCAGGCAAGCAGCAUCACAGGAGUCAUUAAAGAGAAGCAAAGAGAUCUUGGAAACAAACUCAUGGGAUGAUCAACAUUUAUUAUUUGGUGAAAACUUGGAGAAAAAGAAGGAAGACUUUUUGGCAAAGUUGCAAAAUAGGAACGUCAAGGAGACUGUGUUUGAGAUUAGAAAGAAGGGUGUAAAGGAAAAUGACAGUCUCGCUGAGUUUAUGCACAAGAGAAGACGUCAAAUAGCGCCUAUUCAGCGUAAGGCCCAGGAACGUCGUGAGUUGUUGCAGAAAGAGCGAUUGGCUGGGUUAAGGCAUGGUAUUGAGGAAGAGCUUCUUAAGACAGACGAUGAAAAUAGUGGGUAUGUACAGCAAGUGGAUGAUGAUGAAUUGCAAAAAGCAUUUGAGGAUGGUGAUCAAUUGCAGAAAAAGAAGACAUCUCGUGAUCCGCAGUAUUUCAUCAGUCACUACGCUCCUGCAUCAGUUAUUCAAGAUCAGCAAUUGUCUAUUGCUUCUUCGUUUGUAAACGACGCCCAAGCUGCCGCAUUUGACUUGGACAAUGAUGAUAAACUACAAGCCAAUAAACAAGUGAUGAAAUGGGACAAAAAGAAAGGUAAGUACAUCAAUUCACAAUCCACAGACAAGAAGUACAUAAUCAGUGAAAACGGAACAAAGAUCCCAGCAUCUUUUAGAUCGGGUAAAUUCGAUGAAUGGAAGAAACAAAGAAACUUAAAACACACGGCGUCUGUUGAUGACGUAAAAGAAAACAAUCACAGAUUCAAGCACAAGAAGCAAAGCACACCAAAAUUACCAGACAAAUACAGAGAUGAUUAUCACAAACAAAAGAAAAAGGUUGAAAAGGCACUUGAUUCUGGCUUGAGAGUAAAGGGAUACAAUAAGCCUGGACAACAACAAGAGUUGAGGUCAACAGAACAAAUCAGAAAGGCUAGAGCAUUGAAAGAGCAAAGAAGAGCAAAAAAUGCUCGCCCGAGUAGAAAAAGGUAA